AUGCUUAAUGUAUAUAAGAACUUAAGUGGGCCAAGCAUAUCAAUCACGGCCCAGCUCACCAUGAUUCUCAAACGGGCAGGGAGAUGGCACUGCUUUGUUCUAUGCGAAUGGAGAAGUCUCGGUCCCACUGAAAAAAUUUCGUUCAUCUCUUUGUCACACAUCUCCUUGGCUGAAUCUCGAGCGCCGCUUAACACCCAACAACCAGGCGACGAAGGUGGACCUGGAGAUAUGGAUUGGCAAGGCCAAAAGCUAGCGGAGCAGCUGAUGCAGAUAAUGUUGGUGAUGUUUGCGGUGGUGGCAUACAUAAUUGGAUAUCUGAUGGGCUCGUUUCAGAACAUGCUGCUUAUAUAUGCCGGCGGUGUUGUUUUGACUUCUCUGAUUACUGUUCCCAAUUGGCCUUUCUUCAAUCGUCACCCUCUCAAUUGGUUGAACCCCAGCGAGGCCGAAAAGCAUCCGAAGCCGCAGUCUGCUAAUUCUAAUUCAAAGAAGAAGACCACUAAGAAGUAG